CCAAGAUGGCCCGAGACAGCGUGCAGGAGCACAUUCAUCGCCUCGCUCUCAAUUCUCAAUUUCUUCGAAAACAACAAUAAAAGCACUACUCUCUCUUUCUCUCUCUCUCUGCCUUUUUUUUUCCCCUGCUUCCAUUGCUUGACAGAUUUCUUUUAUUUUCUCUCUCGACCUUUUAAUUUCUUCGAUCAAAGUCAUCGUUUUUAUUUAAACCGUCACCGAUGGCAACUGCCAUGGCAGAAGAUUCAAGCUUUGAAGAAGACCAGCUGACUUCGAUGACCACCGAGGACAUCAUCCGAGCUUCCCGUCUUCUUGAUAACGAAAUUCGAAUUCUCAAGGAAGAGAUGCAGAGGACCAAUCUGGAGUUGGAUUCACACAAGGAAAAGAUUAAGGAGAAUCAAGAGAAGAUUAAGCUUAACAAGCAAUUGCCUUACUUGGUCGGUAACAUUGUUGAGAUAUUGGAGAUGAAUCCUGAAGAUGAGGCAGAGGAGGAUGGUGCCAACAUUGAUCUUGACUCACAAAGGAAGGGUAAAUGUGUUGUGCUGAAAACCUCUACUCGUCAGACCAUAUUUCUACCUGUGGUUGGACUUGUUGAUCCUGAUAAACUGAAACCUGGUGAUUUGGUUGGGGUCAAUAAAGACAGCUACUUGAUAUUGGAUACUUUGCCAUCUGAGUACGAUUCCAGAGUAAAGGCUAUGGAGGUUGAUGAGAAGCCAACUGAGGACUACAAUGAUAUUGGUGGCUUGGAGAAGCAGAUCCAAGAACUAGUUGAGGCCAUUGUGUUGCCCAUGACUCAUAAAGAACGGUUUCAAAAGCUAGGCAUUCGUCCACCUAAGGGAGUGCUCUUAUAUGGACCUCCUGGCACUGGAAAAACCUUAAUGGCUCGUGCUUGUGCAGCACAGACAAAUGCCACAUUUCUGAAGCUAGCGGGCCCACAACUGGUUCAGAUGUUCAUUGGUGAUGGAGCGAAACUUGUUCGUGAUGCCUUUCAGCUUGCAAAAGAAAAAUCUCCAUGCAUCAUUUUUAUAGAUGAAAUUGAUGCAAUUGGCACAAAGCGUUUUGAUAGUGAGGUGAGUGGAGAUAGGGAGGUUCAGCGAACAAUGUUGGAACUGCUCAACCAGCUUGAUGGAUUUAGCAGUGAUGAACGUAUUAAGGUCAUAGCAGCAACUAACCGAGCUGAUAUCCUUGACCCUGCUUUGAUGCGUUCUGGUCGAUUGGAUCGUAAAAUCGAGUUCCCACAUCCCAGUGAAGAAGCAAGAGCUCGAAUCCUUCAGAUCCACUCAAGGAAGAUGAAUGUUCAUCCAGAUGUCAAUUUUGAAGAACUUGCUCGAUCUACGGAUGAUUUCAAUGGAGCACAGCUGAAAGCUGUUUGUGUGGAGGCAGGCAUGCUAGCUCUCCGCCGUGAUGCAACUGAGGUGAACCAUGAAGAUUUCAACGAAGGUAUCAUUCAGGUACAAGCUAAAAAGAAGGCAAGCUUAAAUUACUAUGCAUAAUCGGGAGAGCAUGUCACCAUGAGAAGGUGCUUUUCAAGCCAACGUCGGGGAGGUGGCAGAGCUUUUUACUCAGAGAGAAGGCACCUUCCAAGACAAUGCCAAGGAGAUAGCUUCAUCCUGUUGAGAAUAUGUUUAAAAACGUGCUUGACUGGCCAACUGUAUUGUGUUAGUUUAUAUUAUUUAAACCAUUAGAAAUGAUUGCUUUAUCUAAAGACUGCCAUAUUAUUUGAACGCUGCUAUUCUCGGGUUGUUUAGCUGCAGAUAUAGUAAAAAACAAAAAGGUUGACUUGGGAAAACUUCAGCUGCAGGUCUCUUAGCUUGUCGAGGAUAAGGGA